AUGAACUCCACCGUGGCCAAGUCCGGCUCCAAAGCCUCCGGCACCUACACCUUCUCCAGCCCGCCCCGAGCCCUGGCCUGCCAGCGCCGCCGCCAAUACUACCGGGACUACUUUGGGUCCUCAGAUGAAAAGCCUCCUCGCUAUGGAAACAUUAUGCAAGACAAAAGGGUGAUCCGAGGCAACACUCAUGCUCUGCAUUCCUAUCAACCCUUUUCUCAACUGAUUUUUCAACCGAUUUCUCAAGCAGAUCCUGUUGAGCUCCAAAAACAGCAGGAACCCAAGAGAAAAGUCCUUGCCAGAAAGCGAGCCAAAGAACAUCUUCAACCAAAAACUCCUGAACCUGUAGAAGGCAGGAAGCAUGUUAGUGUACAGACAGAGGUAUAUGUGGAAGAGCUUGCUGACCGCGUAAUACAAAAAAAUAAGGAAUGUCAAACGGAUGCAUUUUUGAAUAGACCGCCAACGCCACUCUUCAUCCCAGUCAAAAUUGGCCAAGAUGCAGCCACACAAAUAUUUGAAGGUGAACUGUUUAAUUUUGACGCUGAAGUCCAACCGAUGUUAGAAGUUUUGUUGGGAAGGAUCAUUGAACAAGCUUUGGUGGAAGUCCUGGAGGAGGAAGAAUUGGCUGAAAUACUGUUGCGACAGCAAGAGUUUGAAGAAUUACGGAAUAUGGCUAGAGCGGCAGUACAGCGACUGGAAGAGCAAGACAAGCGCCUCCAGAAAGAGAAGGACAAUCGCCGACAGCAACACCUAGCAGCAACCCGAAGAAAGCGGGAGGCUUCACAUAAAAUCGCAGCUCACAUAUAUGCUAAGACUUACCUGGCUGACCUUGUUCCAUGUGUCUUUGACAACCUCAGAGAUAGUGGUUACUUCUAUGAUCCUAUAGAAAGAGAUAUUGAGAUUGGAUUCCUACCAUGGUUGAUGAAUGAAGCAGGUAAGAAAAUAGAAUACAACAUGGUGGGAAGAGCAGUACUUGACAUGUUGAUUGGAGAGGCUGUUGAAAAUAGGUUGAAUAUGUUCGAACAGCUUCGAGUUAAACAAACAAAGAAUUUCCCUGAUGAGAGUGACAAAGAAAGGAAAGAAUCAUUGAAAACGGGAGCUGAACCAGUCAUAGAGGAUGUCAAACCACAGGAUUCACAGCAGACAAAUGGUUCCCUGAAGAAGAAGCCAACCGUAGAAAAGAAGCAGUCUAGAAAAAAAGAAGACAAGAAGAAGUCGAUAGGGAAAGUACCAUCUGACAUGAAACCAAGUGACAGCCAAACCAUCAAAUAA